AUGGAUCAAUUGAUCAAGUUUACACACUUCAUCCCAGUUAGGACAGAUUAUUCUUUGCAGAAGCUAGUGAAGCUCUAUACUUCUGAGAUAGUGAGACUACACGAGAAAAAGAUUCUGAGGUUCGAUCGUAAGGGCAAGUUGAGCAUUAGGUUUAUUAAGCCACACCGGAUUUUGAAAUGUGUGGGACCGAUCACUUAUCAGUUGGAGUUACCUUCAAAGCUAGACCGUAUUCAUGACGUAUUCCACGUCUCGAUGCUGAGGCGAUACCACUCUGAUCCUACACAUAUCGUCCCUGUUGAAGAUCUUAAAGAUAGGCAAGACUUGACCUUUAAGGUGGAGCCAGUUCAGGUUUUGGAUCGUGACGUUAAGGUUCUGAGGAAGAAAUCCAUUCCACUGGUGAAGGUUCUGUCGCGUAAUCACAGCACUGAGGAAGCUAUGUGGGAACAUAAGGAUAUGAAGCGUCAACAGUAUCCUCACAUUUUCUAA